GCUAUCUGGGUGCUUAGAUGGUCUAUAUAGACUGGUCACUAGGAGCCUAACUCGACCUUGCAUGUUAUCGCCUAACUGAUCAUCAUCGGGUUCACGCAUGUAAGAUGGACAGCGAAAUGGAGGAUCCAAAGCCUCUCUCGAGCCAGCUGCAAUGCAGUGACUAUACUGUGGGAUGGAUCUGUGCGCUCCCCAAAGAGCAGACUGCAGCUACAGCUAUGUUAGACCAUAUACACCCAGACCUUCCCAAACCGCCCAAUGAUCCCAACACGUAUACUUUGGGGUCCAUCGGCAAACACAACAUCGUUGUCGCUUGUUUACCAAAAGGGAGAAUCGGUAACAAUUCAGCAGCAAUAUCUGCGACUCAAAUGAUACGCACAUUUCUCUCCAUAAAGGUUGGCCUAAUGGUUGGCAUCGGCGGUGGAUUGCCCACUAAGACCAAGCUGGGGGACGUGGUGAUCGGUGCCCCUGUGGACCAAUAUCCAGGGGUAGUUCAGUGGGACUUAGGCAAGACAGAGCAGGGUGGGAAUUUUAGACGUAUUGGCUCUCAGAACAGCCCUCCAAACGCUUUAUUGACAGCUUUAGCCAAAAUGGAGACUCGAAGUCAGCUGAGCGGCUCAAGGAUACCUGAAUAUCUGAAAGAAAUGGAAAAGAAAUGGCCAAAUCUCAUGAAAGAAUUCACUUGUCCGGUACUUCAUGAUGAGCGAAAUGUCUCUCCAAUCAAGUCUCGUCCAGGGAGCCAGGAAUGGCAAAUUUCUCGUCUCUGGAGAAUGUUGCUAGACCUUCUUUUCUUUCUUUUAGGUUGGCAGCAGCUUUUAUUGACCCAGCAUGACGCGGAUAAAGACACGCCCAGUCAAUUUGAAGCCCAGCCAAAGGAUAUACGCGUGCAUUAUGGUUUGAUAGCGUCGGGUAACCAAGUUAUCAAGGAUGCCGAGCUUCGGGACUUGGUCGACCAGAAUCUCGGUGGAAAUGUACUAUGCGUGGAAAUGGAAGCCGCGGGGCUAAUGAAUACUAUCCCUUGUAUCGUGAUCAGGGGAAUAUGUGAUUAUGCUGAUUCCACAAAGAACAAGGAUUGGCAGGAAUAUGCUGCUUCUGUGGCUGCGGCAUGUGCAAAAGAGCUUUUAGAAUAUGUUCAUCCAAGCGAUGUCAAUGAAGAGCGUCCCGUGAAGGAAAUUUUGGGUGCUGGUAAUGAUGACGACGUAGACCGAAUGGAUGCCAGCCUGAAAGUACUACGAUCCAAGUCCAUAAAAGACAAGCAUCUCAAAAUCCUAGGUUGGCUCACGGACAUUGACUACGGUCCUCAACAUAGUGACUUCCUGAAAGGCCGACAGCCAGGCACCGGGCAGUGGUUUCUGAACUCCAAUGGGUAUCAGAACUGGUGGAGAUCAAACAAUACAACAACCUUGUUCUGCCCCGGAAUUCCUGGAGUUGGAAAGACAAUAAUGGCGGCGACAGUUAUCGACGACCUCAGCGCAAGGUUUCUUCACGAUGAAUCUAUCGGAAUUGCGUAUAUUUAUUGUAAUUUCCAUCGGAGACAUGAGCAGAAACUUGAAGAUCUUCUUGAAGCUCUUAUAAAACAAUUGAGUCAGUGCUUGCCUUCUUUACCAGCCCACGUUAAGGAACUUUACGCAAGCCACCAAAGUCAGAACACACGUCCAUCAAUUAACGAACUGUCGAAGAGCCUCUUGGAGACUGCCGCUAUGUAUACAAGAGUCUUCAUUGUUGUCGACGCAUUGGACGAAUGCGAAGCAGCUGAUGGAACACUAUCAAGGUUUUUAUCCAACAUAUUCAGCCUUCAGACCGAAUCCGCUAUAAGCUUCCUUGCAACCUCGCGGCCUAUACCGGAUAUUAAGAAGUGGUUCGAUGGAUGCGCUUCACAAGAAAUAUCAGCUACAGACGGGGAUAUCCGUAACUAUCUGAACAGCCAUAUGGCUCGUCUGCCAGGCUUUGUCGUCAGCAACCCAAUGUUGCAAGAAGAGAUUAAGACCGAAAUUAUGGCCGCUGUGGACGGAAUGUUCCUACUAGCACGACUCCAUCUAGAUUCUCUGGUUUGCAUGAGGGCACCAAAGGCUAUUCGAAUUGCUUUGAAAAAGCUCCCGCAAGGAUCAAAUGCGUACGACUCCGCUUAUAACCGGGCCAUGGAAAGAAUCAAGGGGCAGGUACCGAGUGCUCGGGAACUGGCCGAACAGACUAUAGCAUGGAUUACUUGUGCAAAGAGGCAGCUCGCUAUCCCAGAACUACUGCAUGCCUUGGCAGUGGAAGUUGGCCAACCCGAUUUUGACGAAGAGAAUCUCUCGCAAGUGGCCGAUAUACUUUCUGUCUGCGCCGGACUAGUGACAGUUGACGAGGAAAGUGGCACUAUCCGUUUAGUCCAUUACACCACGCAGGAAUACUUCGCCAGAACACGGAAAGAUUGGUUCCCAGACGCAGAAACAGCGAUUACUAGGGCAUGUGUCUCCUAUCUCUCCUUCCAAACGUUUGGAAGCGGAAUUUGUCGAAAUCACUCCGAGCUCCUAGAUCGGCUGAAUAUGUAUGAAUUCUACGAGUACUCCGCAUGUCACUGGGGACACCAUGCUCGCGAAGCUCUGAAGCCAUGCCCGGAAGUUAUCCCUUUCCUGACUUGCAACGCCAAGGCUAAUGCCUCACUCCAAAUGCUACAGAGGCAAGAGUUUCGACAUUCGCAGGCUUUGUGGCGGGUUUCGUCCUCCGGCCUGCAUCUCGCAGUGAUGUUCGGGUUAGAGAAAGCAGUCCAGGCUAUGCUAGAGGAAGUCGACGUCAAUGCCAUGGACUCCAUCGAUUACAAGGACAGGAGAGACUGUCACGAGCAAGCACCUUUGUCGCACGCUUGCGAAAAUGGACACCUUCAGAUGAUGAACCGGCUACUCGAUAACGGAGCUGACAUAGAGACAAAAGACUAUCGCAACCGAACGCCACUAUCUUUUGCAGCAGAAGGAGGUCAUGCUGCAGUUGUGAAAGAGCUCCUCGACCGAGGUGCCAAACUAGAGGACAUGGAUCACAAAUGGGGCAGAGCUCCAAUCUCAUGGGCGGCAGUGAAUGGACACACUUCAGUCGUCCAACAGUUACUCAAUGCUGGUGCCUAUAUCGAGUGUGGAAAUGGCCUGCAUCCAACGCCUUUGAUAUGGGCGGCGCGGUACGGACAAACCGCAACAGUCAGGAGAUUACUAGACGAGGGUGCUAAUAUAGAGCAUCGCUGGGAUUAUAACACGCCGCUAAAUCUCGCAGCAAGGGAGGGAUGUGACGGCGUAGUUAAAGAAUUACUUAGCAGAGGGGCUGAUAUUGACUCUAGAGACUGGUAUGGUGCAACACCCCUAAUAAGGGCAGCGACUAAUGGGCACUUGACGGUGGUUCAGCAACUACUCAACGCGGGUGCUGAUCCAAAUGCCAAAGACUCCUCUGGCUCGUCACCAGCAUAUAUGGCUGCAUUGGAAAUGGAGCAUGCAAUAGUGGACGAGCUUCUCAGAAGAGGAGCCGAUCCCUGCGAGUACCUGCCAUAUAGGGAACAGGAAGUGAAGAGCUUGGAGAUGGACCCGCCAGUUGUUGUGCAAAAGCUUUAG